AUGGCUAGUUCCGAUCAAAUCGCAGCUCAGAUCUUGAGCUCCAAGUCGCUCUCCGUGUCUCCGACUUGGCUCAAUGCCUUCCUAUCCUCCGGCACGGCACCACGCAAUGUCCCCGCCUCGGCCCUUGCGAAGACAGCUACUUUCCGUCUUCUAGCUUCCGAUAUCAGAGAAUCUCUUUCUAAGCACCGGUCUUGUGUCCUACCUACCCAUAUCGCCAAUCCAACUGUCCAAGAACUACGCCUCCAAGGCCCUAUCCCAGUCCAAGUCCUAGACAUUGAAGACAUCGGCACAAGUCUAUGGAGCCAAAUCGAAGCUAUUGAGCGCAUCGAGCGAGGAGAAGCCAUUCGUGGCCGUGAAAUUGUACGCACUAUCGCUGUUGGCGAGGACCCCGAGGUGUCGGAGAACAAUGGCUCGAAUAACCACAAUGCCACUGCAUCGGGCAAUAGUGGUUCUGGACCACAUCGAUUGAUGAUUCAAGAUGCAGCUGGGACCGUGGCUAUUGGGAUUGAGAUGCAGCGGAUUGAGGGGGUCGCUCUAGAAAAGCUUGCUAUUGGAGCGAAGCUUUUGCUUCAGAAUCCUACUGUUGCUCGCGGUAUGGUGCUGCUUACUCCGGGUUCUGUUACUGUGCUUGGGGGUAAGAUUGAGUCUAUGGAUAAGAGCUGGAAGGAAGGGAGGAAGGCGAGGUUAUUGGAAAGGACUUCUUCUCUGCAAGCGUGA